CAUAUACCCAGACCAGGCAAUACCUCACAGUGUACCAAGACAAUAGCUUUGAACGAGUCCUAUGCGUUAUGACAGUUGGUCAGACAGCCUGCAGACAUCGUACGGAAAACGCGCACAGCUUAUUGUGUCCGAGCCUUCAUGUGGUGUGUCGUGUUUGUGCAUUGAUUCAUUAAAAUAAUUAAAAUGUGUUUGGUCAGAAGCUUCAAUAUACUUCUGUUUGUUGCUUUGCUACAAACCUCCAGACAAGAUCCCAGUCCAGUCACACCCUUGUAUAAACAAGUUCAAAUACCAAAUGCGUCAAAUCCCCGUGACAGUCUCAGUAGCAUCGCUUCAAUUUUUUCUCCACGCAUGGAUUUUGAACAAUGGAAGCCACUAACUGGCCGUGGGGAUCCAUUACGAAAUGAUCCCACUUAUGACUACGAACCACCAAUGUUGGAGAAAGUUCAUUACUGGGCAGAUGAUACCCGGCACGAACACGAACGUUUUCCGGAGAAAAAAUCUGAAGUUUUAGUUUUAGGAGUGUCUUCACGAAAACCAAGUGUAUCGUCACGACCUCCCAUUCCUCCAAGGAGACAUCAUCUUUCCCCACCAGCACCACCACCUAAGUAUGAAGACUUUCAAUACAAAUUUAACGAGCAUUACCCAAUGACAAUUUUAGUACCCCCACCACCACCACCAGCAGGAUAUAAGCCAUCCUUAUUUUUGCAUCAUGAAACUAAGCUUCCACGACCAACAACAACUGCAAGUUUAGUAGAGGCGACUCUACCUCCACGAUAUACUGUUUCAGCGCCAGAGUUGAUAACUUCAUUUGCUCUUCAGGAAGCUAACCUUAUAUAUCAAGCAACAGACGUAAAUCAAACAUGGUUUAUAAACUUUAAUAAAACUCAAACUGUACCCAGUAACACUGUUAGUAGCGAUUAUGCUGGAUGGGGCCCUACAACACCGCUAAAUGAAGAAAAUAGUCGUAAUGUUUUGCAUAAUUUAAUACCACAUAGUGAACGUAUCAAAGAGGUCUCUAAAAAUACAUUAUAUAAACCCUCCUACACUGAGACAGAGCAAGCGCCACCAACGGAAAAAACACAGAUAUUGGCAACAUUUCUACCUACAGUCUUACCACCAAUAGAAACAACCACAACAGAUUCUCGCGAAACAUGGUCAUAUGAAGAAUCCAGUGAUGAAGUUACAACAGAGUCACAGGUUAAUUAUUCUGAAAGUGAUACGCAAGAAAUAACGACGAAUUACAUUCGACAGUCACAGUCAACCUACAACUCCACUGCAAGACCACAGCCGAGUGUUGUUGAUAUGCUAGGCGCUAUGAUGUCAAUGCCUAUGGUUGCUGAUCCAGAUAGACCCGAAGAUAAUCUAUAUGCUCACGCUUCUGAAAAUAUACAAGUGUUUAAAGAUCAUACAACCGAAGAAGGGGUAAAUCUAGAAAUCAUGCAAACGAUGCAACCACCGCCUCCCGUAAGUCAAACACUAAGUACACCUUCACACAAACAACCCUAUCAUGUUAAUCCACAUAUUCUUAAUUCUUUGUUAAAUGAAAAUCAGCAACAUUUACAAACUCAUGAUCCAUAUCUUCAUAUGCGGUAUACUACGCCACUAACGCCGACUACAGAGCAAUUCCAAGAUAUUAAACAAACAACUGAAGCAACUCCGAUGUAUUUAAUUAUACAAGGUCAUUCCAAAGUCAAAACCUAUGGAUCAAAGCCCAACCCGGCAUCUAACGCCAUCACAGACAGUGAUAUAUCAAAACCUCAUGAAACAAAUGAAGUUAAACAUUUACAUCCCAUAAAGGAUAAAAAUCACAAAAAAAUAGACAGUAAUGAAAAUUCAAGAUCAGGUAGAUCACAAAACUUGACAGCUUUAAUAGACGCUGGUGUUGGUUCAAUAGAAAUUCAGGAAGCGGAUGUGGGAAUAAAGUAUGACGUCAGCGAUGGAAGUAAAGUACCUGUAGAAAUUUAUAGAAAAGGUAUUGUAGAAAGUGAUGAAAACAAUUAUUCUCUUUCAAAGAAACAUUUAAAACGAGAUAGACGACAGGUCGAUUUAAGUGACUUUAUUCCCUUUGAUGACGAUACUUUAGAAGAUUUUGUGUACAAAUUUUUUGAAACGCGUAAAAAUGAUACCGGUAUAACUGGUUUCAUAGCUAAAGCAAUUACAGGAGAUGUAGCUACUGCAGUAAAAGAUGCUUUCAAAGAGGACAAUGAAGAACGUAAUUACCAAAAGAGAUGAAAUAAAAGGGGUAGCAAAUAAAUUAGUAAAUUAAUAAUAUUAUCUAUUAUCAACAUGAUACGAGUUGGAACAAUUCUAGUAGAUAAUAAUAUGUGUAAAGCAUAUUAGAUAACGGUUUAAGUAAAUAGUGAAAUCCCACCGUCCUUAUUCCAUAAAAUCGAUACUUCCAGAUAUGCUCUCUUUAUAACAUAUUUUAAUUAUUUAGGUAGUAUUAUACACUGUUAAUGAAUAAAAAGUGAAAACUGAAAUAGAUUAAUUCAUGAUUA